AUGGCGAUCCCCCUUUUCCUUGUUCUCCUAUGCCCGUCCUCUCUCAACCAUCAUAGAGCCCACCGGACUCUGGAGCACCAGCCAUGUCUCCUCAGUGAGCUCGAGGACCGCCAGUGGUUCAAACAAGGCACGGAUGUUGAGGUCGUGCAAAUAGGGGGUCACAGGACACUUACGACAUACCGAGAUUCCUGUGCGACACGGCGUCGGCCUUACCAUGACUCGCAGGACCUGCAUGGCGACAGCACGCUUUCAUUUGGCGAAGGGCUUCUGGUGUCCAGACCUCUUUCAUUAAAGCUCUUCUUCCUCCCGGCAUGUAAUAAUGAGUCCAGCACAGCAUCGCCCAACUUCAGCACGCCACUGGACAUUCUCAGCAUCGGACAAGAGAGAUUGGGGUUGAAAAUUAGUUCCGCCGCUGUAAAGAACCACGACAAUGAUGAAGACUCGGUCUCGCCCACAGCCUCUCCACGUCGAUCUAAGAGGAUCACACCACCGAGCAGGCAGGGUAAACCUUUGACCUCGGUUGAUGAGCAUGGCAUCAUUAAGAAGCAGUCACAACAAGGCCGAUCCCUCAAGAGUUGGACGUGGGAGGCACGAUACAUCCGUUCAAGCACACAGAUAUUAGCUGAUGCCCAAACAACUGUUUAUUUCCUCGUGAACUUCCCAUCGAAACUCCAAAAACGAAUCACAGACAUCAUACGGAGCAUGGAAGCUCUUGCCAAGAACCCACUGUUCAUGGAUACACUCAUAAUCGACGAGGUCAUCGCCUACUAUAGGGAUGCAAUCAAAUCGCAUAGGAGUCAGCUCCUCGCAUUGAACGAUGACGACUCCAAAGGCACCGAGAUGUCCAUCAAGCUAGAAGAGCUUGCCGCAAACUGGCGCACGAUUCUGCAAGAUGUACACGGCAUCCGAGCUCACAUACACCAGCUUCAAGAUCUAGUCAGAUCCAGAGAGGGUCAAUCCCAAGCACGAGCAUCAUCGGUCUCCGGGCGCAGCAGUUUUAAUCAACACACUCGCCAGAAGAGCAGUGAGGUAUUCGGCCCCCAGGCUGCCGAGAUCCUCGAGUUGCAACAUUCAACCUGCGAGUUCUGGACGCGGUGCGUGACAAUGUACCUCGAACGUACAACGGACCGCGCCAAAAACUCGGUCCAGCGCAACAGCGCCUCCGUGUCUACGCUUGCACUGUCAUUCCUGAGCACCAUCUUCUUUAGUCCCGACGGGCUUUUCCUCGCAAUCACCUACUGGUGGUGGAUCCUGGCAACCCUCAUAGUGCCGUUGACCUUCAUCGUCAUGCAUCUGUGGUUCGAAACGCUCGCUAAGAACACCCGUCUCCUGCGGCGGCGGAAGACGCAGCAGCCGCAGCAGCUUGAAGAUUUGGUGGAGACCGAGAUGGACUAA